GAACGAAAAACAAAAAGGGGGGAGCCUUGAAGUGCCAUUCCUGACUCUACCUGGCUGGAAGAGCCAUCAUUGAGAUAUCACUAUGCAAGGCGAGAAUGCCACAGAAAAUGACACAUACAAUUAUACGAGUUACUAUGAUGAAGGUGUCACACAAGAUUAUGCUCCUAUCAACUUAACUGAUAUUCAAGAUUUCAGUCAAGUGUUUCUUGCCACUCUCUAUAGUUUGGUUUUCAUCCUGGGCUUCAUAGGUAACGGACUAGUGGUGUGUGUCCUGGUGAAGCAUCGCAAUCAGAGCAACCUGACAGACAUCUGCCUCUUCAAUCUGGCUCUCUCUGACCUCCUCUUCGUCUUCACGCUGCCGUUCUACUCUCACUAUGCCAGGGUCGGCCAGUGGACUUUUGGAGACUUCAUGUGCCGUUUGUUGUCCGGCUCUCACCAGACUGGCUUCUUCAGCAGCAUCUUCUUCAUGGUUGUCAUGACGCUGGACCGCUACAUGAUCAUCGUGCACGCUCACAGGGUUGCACGUUUUCGCACAAUGAGGGCAGCCAUCAUUCUGACCGUGCUCGUUUGGAUGCUGAGCUUGUUUGUCUCUCUGCCGGAUUUUAUCUCCACACGGGAAAUAAAGGAAGAGCCUCAGAAGACUGGAUGUAACUAUCACAACAAAGUCUGGGAGCGUUACAACCUGUUCACCACAAAUGUGCUGGGUCUCGUGAUUCCUUUGCUGGUGAUGGCAGGUUGCUACUCCAGGAUCAUCCCCACACUGAUGAGCAUGAGGACAGCAAAGAGGCACCGCAUCGUCAAGUUGAUCAUCUGUAUAGUCGUUGCGUUUUUCUUGCUCUGGACUCCAUAUAACAUUUCUCGUUUCUUGAAGUUUCUUCAGGAAAAGGGGAAAAUCCCACGUAAUGACACCAUGGACAAAAAUAUAAGGCUGUCAGUGGCAGUAACUGAGGCGUUUGCUUACACUCACUGCUGUCUGAACCCCAUCAUAUAUGCUUUUGUGGGAGAGAAGUUUAUGAGACGAGCCUUGCAGCUGCUGAAAAAGUUGGUGCCUGGUUACAGCAGAGAUUUGUCAGACAGCUCAUUCAGGAGGAGCUCAGUUAUGUCCAGGGGCUCUGAAAUCACCUCCACUUUUAAACUGUAGAAGUUUGAGGGCAGUUGUAACUUGUUUAACAUGCAGUUUUCACGUGUUAUUACUGCAGAGCAUAUCUUGUUAUUGUUUUUUUGUUCAUUUGACCACUUGUAUUUGACACAUACUGCAGUGUUUUUCACUACAGAGUUUGUGUUUACACCUUUAGAUCCUAUGAUUACAAGGGAAUACUUCAUUUUUAUCAUAACAUUUCAGAUGCAAAGGCUCAAAACUUAUCUCCAGUGUUUUUGAGACUAUGUAAUGCUCGUCCUUCUUCUGCUCAGGCUCAGUGAAACUUGCUGGUGCAUUUAACUGAACCUGCUGUUUGCAGCAUCCUGUAACAACAAGCUGACACAAACAUGCAAAAACAGCAUACUGCAACACAAACAAACCAAAGAUGGCAAUACAGAAUGUUCUAGUCUUAGAUGAAAUAGAAAUCCUUCAAUCAAAUGUAUACCAAUACGGAGCAUUUUCCAUAUUCACAUGUCGUCAUUGAUAAUUGAAUCUUAUAAAAUGAUGUGGAGCAAACGUUCCAGUAUUGGCAACAUUGUAUAUAUGUACAGAAUAGAGCUUUACAUGCUGGAUACAUUGUCCUUAUUGCUUCAGUGACUUUUACUGUUGUGCCAGACCUUCUUUGAAUGAAACCGGUGCAUUUUCUUACUUUAAUUUACAUAUUUCUAUCUUCAGCCCCAUUCUGAUGUUUCACUUUUUGCACUUUUUUUGUUUGUUACAUCAUUUUAUGGUUCUUUGCAUUUGUAAUGACUGAGUCGAGUCAGACAC